CUGAUAAUUACCCUAUUCAGACAUUGGUGAAUAUGUCCCUCAAUCCAAGUCAACCUUCUUCAUCAGAGUUGGUGGAACUUCAUGUUUUUUAUGUACCUGAAGGAUCAUGGAAUUAUAAGUUAAAUACCAUUUCAAUAGAAGUUAUUAACAAAUUCAUUUCAGCUGGAUUUAUAAGAGUAUCUCCUCACCUAACUUUACAAGACCUGAGGGAGCGUCUCAGUGAGUUCCUUGGUGAAGAAGCUGUUGCAGAAAAAUUUUUAUUUCUCAAAUGCAUUGGAAAUAAUCUAGCUGUAGUGAAGACAAAGCAAGAAUCAGAACUGAAACUCAAAUCAUUUGUUCCUCCAUAUGCUCUUCAACCAGAAUUAUAUUUGCUUCCUAUAAUGGAUCAUUUAGGAAAUAUUUAUUCAGCAUCAGCAGCAGUUUCUUUCAAUAAACAACAGACUAAUAGCAGUGUUGCUGAGCCUGACGGAGUAAUACACAGACCACUUAGUAUAACUCCGUCAAAGGAAGAACCUGCAACAGAUCCCAGUUUUUUAGAAAAUGCUUUGAAAGAACUUCUUGACAAGAAUCAGGAAGAAGCAUCAGCUGGGGGAAAAGCUACUCCAAAUGAGAAUCAGAUCGGAAAUAAUCAAACUGGAAAUCCUGAAUUGCCACGAUCACAGGAAGAUUCAGAUAAUGAUUAUUUUAGUGACAGUAAAAGUCAGUUUCUUUGGAAAAAUGAAGAUGAUAGAGCUAAUAUCAUUAGAAGAGAGGAUAAUCAGCUAGGUAAAACAGAGUACAUCCCCCUACCAGAUCUUAUUGAUUUUCCUUCACUUCCUUGUCAACCUGAUCUUUCUCCAGGAAUAACUGAUACAUCUCUAUCACAGAUUGAGAGGGAGAAGAUUAUUGAGCAAAUGAAACAAGUAAAGGAAGAAAGAAGAUAUCUGGAAAGAAUUAGAGAAGAACUAAUGAAAAAAGCUGAAAGGCUAUUGGAACAAAGCAAAUUAAAGCACUAUCAUGCCUGCAGUGUUUGGAAGAAAAAGUGCUUUGAAACAAAGAAAGUUACAGCAUCAUUGGAAGAAGUUUUAACAAAACUUCGAGAAGAUUUGGAACUUUACUAUAAAAAAUUGCUCAUGCAACUUGAAGCCAGGGAGAUCAAGAUGAGACCAAAGAAUCUUGCAAACAUCACAGACUCUAAGAAUUACCUUAUCAUCCAGAUCACUGAAGUACAACAUGCUAUUGAUCAACUUAAGAGAAAACUGGAUACUGACAAAAUGAAACUCAUAAUAGAAAUUAAGAUGAGAAAACAAGCAAUUUCAGAUUUACGCACAAUGAAAGCUGAACUGGCACAGAGGAACUUAAUACAACUUUUCAAUCUCAAUUAG